CGCCAUUGUAAUGCGUGUUAUCAAAACAAUUAUAAAAUGUUAUUAAAAUGGAAUUGUUGAUUGAGAAAUAGACUUUAAAUGUCGUUUCUUUGUUUUCAGGUAAACGCAUAUACAGCGAUAUGAAAUGGGCAUUCGAGCUUUGCGCAAUGGAUGCUGGUUAAUAAUACUCUUCAUAAACCUCACUGGAAGCGAUUGGCUCAACUGCGCCCAUAUUCCUGAAUGCAACUGCAAAUGGUCGUCUGGCAAGAAAACGGCGUCAUGCGUCUCCGCGGGACUCAAACAACUACCCCAUUUGGCGACCGAAAUUCAAGUUCUAGAUUUGCACGGCAAUCAGUUAAAGAGUUUGGGACAAGACGCAUUUGCAAGCAUAGAGUUAUUGCACUUGCAAAGGCUGAAUCUGAGUUCGAGCAACCUCCGUUCCCUGCAUCCGGACGCAUUCAGGGAACUUCGGAUACUUGUGGAGUUGGACCUCUCCCAAAACGAACUGUUCCAACUUUCCCCUGACACAUUCAGAGGCAACGACCGACUCCGGCUAUUAGUCUUGAACGACAACCCUUUGACGAUAUUAGUCGCCGAGCAAUUCCCGCCGCUGCAACAUUUGAAAAAGCUAGAAUUAGUAAGAUGUAAACUUCAGGCUAUUCACCCGUUUGCCUUUGUCCAUCUAAGGGCGUUAGAAACUAUUCACGUGCAUCAGAAUUCAAUAUCAUAUCUUCAUCGGAACACAUUCAACUUGCCAGUAUUAAAAACUUUGACACUAUCGGAUAAUCCAUGGUACUGUGAUUGUAGACUAAGAGAUUUCCACGAAUGGUUUUUGAAUAGUAAUCUUGGGAAUGAAGAGGUCUAUUGUGAAGGUCCUGAAAACAAAGCGCAGAUCUCGUGGAGAAGUUUAAAAGGAAAUGAUAUGGUUUGUCCUCCUUGGGCAUAUACAACUCCAACAGUUAUAAGAACAGAAGUCGGUGCAGAUAUUUCAUUUGGUUGUUUUGUGAGGGGCGAUCCAAAGCCUUCCGUGACAUGGUCUUACCAUCAUAUUGAAAUUCACAAUAGCACCAGCAAACACAGUGAUAUACUUGUCUAUAGAUAUCAAUUGAACAAUUUCGAUGAAUUUAGAGACGAUUACAUAAACAAAAGUGCUCAGUGGGUCAACGUGACCAUUUCAAAUGUGACUAGCGAAUUAUCUGGUGAGUGGAAAUGUAGUGCCAAAAGUCAAGUAGGAGAAUCUUCAGCUUAUUUAACGUUAUUUUUACCUAAAGCUCGAACAGCAACGGCUCGGGUUCCUCCAGAUUAUUCUACAUUUAUUUACGUAGCUGGUGCAAUGCUGGCAAUGACUGGAGUAGGUUUUAUUGCGGCCUGCGUCUGCUGGAAGACCCAACGUCGAAGAGUACCGCCUAGUAGGAGCUUUACUGAUCAAGAGAAGAAGUUAUUAGAUACAUCUAUAGCAGCUAGUUGUGAUAGAACCAGCGCUGAUUUAGGCUCAUCUUCUUACGGCUUUGAGAUGUUAGAUCGCUCAAUGUCAAUGGAGAGUGAAGAUACGCAGAGAUGUAUGGAGCCAGUCCAGAUAACAAUUGAGGGUCCUCCCGGAUCAUUUCCACCGCCUCCGGCUGAGUUCGCGUUGCCAGCACCUUAUGGAAAUAUUUUCAUAUCGGUUCAAGUAUCUGGGCAUAACGACGAGUAUCCAGACUUGUUGGGAGGAGGUGCUACUUUGCCUAGACGAAGCCGGACAUGCUUUUUGAAAUCAGCUUAUGAUAAUAUGGGGCCUAGAAUUACUGCAGCUGGUAGCUCGACCUGGUCUCUUCCUGGUGCCAAUGUAGAUAAUAAAAAAGAUGAAAAGGAUACUCAACUGACCAUGCCAUUGUCUACUUUUUCAACUGAAUUCACUGCUCUUUGAAUAUAUGUUCUUGAAUGGAAAAUUUACUGUUGUAAAUUUCCAUAAUGUCAAGUCUUUUAAAAAUAUCCAUUUAUCUGGGGGCACGGCAGUCGAGCAAAAAAAGUGGCACGGCCGUACCACCCUUUUCUCGAAGCAAUUCAGGCCAAUUUAGAACCCCAUUCCUUUUUCAGUAAGCAUUUCAUUUUAUUGUAAAUAAAGCUGCAAUAUUGAUUGAGCAAAAUAUUUAUAAUUUAUUCUGCUAUAUAACUUAUAUUUUAAUUAAGCAUUAAAGAACAUAUCACUUAAGUACCUAUUGUUGUAACUUGUGUUGAGUUUUUGACUAUGAAUUCGAUAAAAAAGUAAUGUUUAGCUCAACAUAGGACUGAUUAAAUAGUAUACGAAAAAUCCAACAUUACUGUACAUUUUGCUACGCAGUAGAAUACCUACAUAUAUUACGAUUCAAAUUCAAUUCAAAUUCAAAUGUAGGUUAUAUAAGAUGUUCCAGCAUACUUAGUGCCUGUUACAUUUUACUUAAAACCAUACAAAAAUUUAUAUUAAUUAACAUAUCAAGAGUAAAAAUUAAUAACGUUGUUUUGUUGCAUCAAAUACUGAUAAUUUAAAUAACAUAAUAAUUUAAACUGACAUUUCGUGGCAAUUAUAGUAGGUACAAUCAAUCGCAUAUCAAAUUACCCAACAUGGAACUUUAUGUAACGGUAAUAAGGUCGAAUUUGGAACGAUUUAAGGUAUGUUGAUGUGCUACUGACUGUACUUACUGAAAUAAUAAUAUACUCAUUACUAAAUAAAAAUAAAACUUGCAUCUAAACAACUAAAAAUGAAAUAAUUGUGCCAAUUGAUAACAUCACAUAGUAAACAUAGUCGCUUCCGUCUGUCUGUCCCUAUGUACGCUUAGAUCUUUAAAACUACGCAACGGAUUUUGAUGCGGUUUUUUAAAAUAAAUAUAAUUCCACAGGAUUGUUGACGUGUGUGUAUUGUGAUUUUAUCCAACCGAAGUCGGGACGAGCUGGUAGCUCUGAGAUAUAACUUACAAUACGGUACACGUAAUAUUUAAAAUUGUUGUUGUGAAUGGUGCAAUAAAUAUUUUAUCUAUCUUUCUUUUUAUGUUCAUUCACUGCGUAGCGCAUUGAAUAUGCUAUUAUUAUAUUAUUCAAAAUUCAUUUCGUUACAUUAUCGACAAGGUUUUAAAUUUUCAAUAGCCUAAAAAUAUUUUAGUUGUAAGUAAGUGUAUUUAUAAUAUUUUUGAUCAAAAUCGUUGCUUUGAAAUUCUAUGAGGGAAUAAAAGAAGUACAA